UAGGAGACUUGUCUCUUGUAUCGAAAUUAAUCUUUCUUCAUGGUAUCAGAGCCUCUUUCCGUGGCCUAAAACCUAGAAACUCCCUCUCUCUCUCGUGCGCGUCUCGCAGCCGCACUCCCCAAACCCUAACGCCGCAGCCCACUGCUCGGCGUUCCCCCCCUCUAUCUCACCGGCGACUGCCGUUCCCCAGCAGCGCCACCCACGGACAGCAACCUCCCCAGCGUUGCACCAGCAGUCUCUCCAGCGACGCACCAGUGCAGCAGCCCCUCUCCAUGGCUGAGAAACCCUCCUCCGACAAGUCUCCUUCCCCGGUCUCAACUCCUCACCUGGCUUUCACGACCAUCUCGAACGUGAAACUUCACGUUCCGAUCCUCUUAAGCUUUACGGAGCCGAACUACAAAAAAUGGAGCCGCCUCUUUCUCCUAUUGGUUCGGCGCUUCUCCCUCGGUGACUUUCUCACCAGAAAAUUGGUCCCCUCCAACAACAACGACACCGAUUGGUACCAACUCGAGGCUCUUAUCCAGGGUUGGAUCCUCUCAACGAUCAACGACGAGGUUCUCCGGGGGCUGCCCGACGACAUGCGGGGUCAAACCUCCUUCCUCCAGUUCCAAACUCCUCCGCCAACGUUUCUUCAAACCCGCUCAGCACUUCUUCUCCUGGAGCGUCAGCAAUCAGACUUGGACAGCGCCGAUCCAUCACCUGGCACGGCCCUCUUCUCGGCUGGUCACACCGGCGCUCACCCACACAGCCCCGCGGGUGGGGGUGAGGAGUUGAGACCGGGGAAGGAGACUUGUCGGAGGAGGGUUUCUCAGCCAUGGAGAGGGGCUGCUGCACUGGUGCGUCGCUGGAGAGACUGCUGGUGCAACGCUGGGGAGGUGGAUGUCACAGUGGUGGAUGUCUCUACUGGCAGCCAGGAAAUUAGUGGGUGUGGGGAUUUCGAGUUUGUUUCAAGAAAACAUGUUCUUUCAUUCUAUUCUGGAACGGAGCAAUCUGCAGAGCUUCCGGAGGACAGAGGCAAAGCUAUUGCAAUCAUGACUAAAGGGCUUGAGAAUUUCCUCAUUGGAGCUCAGAAUGACAAAGUUGUUGCUGGAGUCGUCGGUCUAGGGGGCAGUGGAGGGACGUCUAUGUUGUCUUCUGCCUUCCGCUCUCUUCCAAUUGGGAUCCCUAAAGUGAUUGUGUCAACCGUGGCCAGCGGUCAAACUGAACACUAUAUUGGAACAUCCGACUUGGUAUUAUUUCCGUCGGUAGUGGAUAUUUGUGGGAUCAACAGUGUUAGUAGGGUUGUUCUAUCCAAUGCUGGUGCCGCAUUUGCUGGUAUGGUGGUUGCAAGAAUUCACAGCCUUAAAGAAUCCCGCGCUGUUGAUGAGAAGUUUACUGUUGGAAUUACAAUGUUUGGCGUUACUACUCCGUGUGCUAAUGCCGUUAAAGAAAGGUUGACUAAAGAAGGAUAUGAUACCUUGGUUUUUCAUGCCACUGGGGUCGGGGGAAGGGCCAUGGAGGAUCUGGUCAAAGGAGGAUUCAUACAAGGUGUAUUAGACAUCACUACAACUGAGGUUGCAGAUUACAUUGUUGGAGGUGUUAUGGCAUGUGAUGGUUCUCGCUUUGAUGCAAUAUUAGAGAAGAAGAUUCCUUUAGUUCUAAGUGUGGGAGCCUUGGAUAUGGUAAAUUUUGGUCCAAAAAGUUCCAUACCUUCUGAUUUUCAGCAGAGGAAGAUUCACGAGCACACUGAACAGGUUUCUCUUAUGCGUACUACUAUGGAUGAAAAUAAGAAAGUUGCCGCCUUUAUAGCAGACAAAUUGAAUAAAUCCUCAUCAAAGGUGUGUGUUUGCUUGCCAGAGAAAGGUAUUUCUGCAUUGGAUGCCCCAGGGAAACCGUUUUAUGAUCCUCAAGCAACUGGAUGCCUUUUUAAUGAGCUACAAAGACUUGUUCAGAUAAAUGAAGAUCAUCAGGUUAAAACGUUUCCUUAUCAUAUUAAUGACUUGGAGUUUGCAAAUGCAUUGGUCGAUUCAUUCUUAGACAUCUCUGUGAAACCAAAAGUUGUAGAUACUUCCCAAGCAAGCUUUGAGUCCAGCAAAGAAGCUAAUCUUGUUGGUCAUACAAAGUUCUCAAGCAAAGAAAGUCUUUACUCAUGUCCAAGUGACUUCCCCAAUGCAAAACAAGUGGAUCCAAUGCUAGAGGAGUUUGGGAGAAGUAUCAAUGGGACACUACAGGUUCCCAUUUGGCCAGCCCGUGGAAAAAAUAUCCCCUUCAAGAAACAGAAAUUAUCUGCAAGGACCGGUCACAAGCACGCAGCUCGCUCAAAAUCUACAGCCAAGAGACUGGCCAGUGAGAUGAUCAUCGGGUCCGAGCCAAAUAAAAAGCUAUGCAGGGAAGAGACUUCUGUUGUUGCUUCCCCAACCGGUGAAAUGGCUGCUUUUUCUACUGACCAAGUGGCGGAGGCACUCCAGAUUCAUCUCUGCAAGGCUUCCAGUUUUGGGGCUGAGCUCCACAUCCGGUCCACCAUGAUUCCCCAUGAGAAAAAGGCCGCUCUAGACAUUGGGAAGACAUCUACUCAGCUUGCUGAGGAGGCUGAACAGAAACUCAAAGCCGAGCAGUCAGCACGGUUGGCUGCCGAAGAGCAACUAAAAGCCGAAAGGGAGGCUCGGCUUGCAAUUGAGGCCAGACUGGCAACCGAACGGGAAACUGCCGUUGCAGAGUACAAGGCUGGGGGUUUCCAAGAUGACGCACUGGAGUUCGCUCGGACCAACCAUGAUCAGGUGAUUAAAGCUGUGCUAACGAGUCCAAAAGAAGCGAUCCACUUCUUCAAUAGGCUUCAAGAGAAUGAGAUUGGACGGUUGAUGUUAUUGAAGAUGGGGGCUUAUGGGUUCUUGAAGGGACGGAAAUCAGAGAGGUCUGAGCUAUAUGAAGUUCUGAAAGAAUCUGUCAAAAAUUUCAACCCGACUAAGUACGACCUGCCCGAGGCCUUCACAGUUGAGCCAGUCUAUCCAUUCCUCAACCUGCCCAUUUAACAAUAGAGUAUAAUAGUAGCUUGUGCUAGGGAAAAAAAAUGUUUCCCCUGUUUUGUGCUUUCACUUUUUGCUAUGGACGUGGCCAACAUGUUUUUCCCUUUUUAUUGAGAUAGGUAUUUUUUGUUUGAUUGCGAUAUGGAUUUAGCAACAU